AUGGGUAUCUCUCGUGAUUCAAUGCACAAGAGACGUGCCACUGGUGGUAAACAAAAGAACUGGAGGAAGAAGAGAAUGUAUGAGCUUGGAAGGCAACCAGCAAACACUAAGCUAUCGAGUAACAAGACGUUCAGGAUGAUCCGUGUGCGUGGUGGGAACGAUGUUGCUUACAAUGCUUCUAACAACGAGCUCGUCCGUACACAGACUCUUGUGAAGAGUGCCAUCGUUCAAGUUGAUGCUGCUCCGUUCAAGCAAUGGUAUCUCCAGCACUAUGGAGUCGAUGUUGGUCGCAAGAAGAAGGCUCUUGCUGCAACCAAGAAAGAAGGAGAGGAAGCAGAGGCGGUAAACGCUGAAGAAUUGAAGAAAAGCAAUCAUGUUCAAAGGAAGCUGGAGACGCGUCAACAAGACCGGUCACUUGACUCGCACCUUGAAGAACAGUUUAGCAGUGGAAGGUUGCUUGCGUGUAUCUCAUCAAGACCUGGACAAUGUGGCCGUGCUGAUGGGUACAUAUUAGAAGGAAAAGAGCUCGAGUUCUACAUGAAGAAGCUUCAAAAGAAGAAGAGCAAGAGUGCUGGUGCUGCAUAA